AUGUCUGUCAUGAAGAAGAAGAUGGAAAACAUCUUACGCAUCAAGGAGGUGAUGGGCGACUCGAUCGCCGAAAUCACCAUCAUCAACGCACUCCACCUCCACGACAACGACUUCGAGAAAACACUCAACUACAUCCUCGAGGGGAACUGCGAAGAGCAGGACCAGCUGCGCCAGUCGAUCACCGAUGCAUUCACCACCACCCCCAUCCGAGCGAACAGCCAAUGGCCAUCAGCCAACGACUGGAAUCAACUGCCUCCAGUCAAACCCACACAGACAGACUACAACCCAACACUAGACCCCACCAGCGAAGCCCGGGAACCCCUCGUGCUGCCCAACUCGCCCCCCAAAGGCUCAUACCAACCGCUGACAGUCACCGGCCAAACCACGCCCACCGAAGACUUGCGCUCCUCCACCCAGCCAUUCCCCACAAGCGCAGCCACGAACCGGCUGAAAGGCCCGGCGAGCAGCGAGCCGACGCUUAGCCAGUCCUCGGCAGCCGCAGUCAAGAACACCAACAACCCGGGAUCGACAGCAGAAAUCCAGCUGAUCGAUGAUAGUCCGGAGAAGCGCUACGAGGCCGAGCUCAAUGCGGCCAUCGAGGCCAGCCUCGCCGCCGACCCUGCCCUCCCCAACCCCUCCCAGAACCUCCCCGCACUCGACCCCACCUCGGCCACCCUCAAGGAUCUCUCCGCCGAGGACGAACAGAUGAGCAAGGCGCUCGAGGAAAGCUUGGCUAUGAGCGGCUCCCGCACCCUCGAGGCCGACGCCAAGUUCUCCCAUCCCCCACCCACCAAACGCCAACGGGCUCCUGCAACACCGACGGCUCUGCGAGUCCAUAACCCCCAUCUGGUCUUCCUCCCCUGUCUCCUCUCGGCCAUGUAUGCCGCCCGGCCCUUCCGCGACCGCAUCCUCGCCUUCCAGCCCACACUGCAACUGGUCAGUCAAGAGCUGAUCGAACACGAUAUCGAUGGACUAUGGAAUGGGAAGAGCAGCUGGCGGUCUGGCGACAACUGGUCCGAGAAAGCACAGGCCUCAGAAAUUAUCCUGGCCGUCCAACGCCUAUUUGCGGCAAUGACUCACACAAAAAGGGCCUACUUGGAUGUCCAAGAGUUGUCGCUAUUGCUCGGUUACGAGGAGGGAGAGAUGAUCAGCUGGUCGCUCAACGAGCCCAACAAGGGCUGCAAUCGGACGUACGAGACUAUCGCCGAGGCCUGGCGCGAACUCGCCUGGUCCCGAGUCAAUCCCGGGACCCCAAAGCCUUCUUCUUCUGACCCGAUCAACCCGGAACUUCUGCUCGAAUACGAAGACGAACUCCGACUGUUCCAUUGGAAGGGACAUAAACUUACUCUCCCGUUAGCCGAGGAAGAGGACGACGGUCUAGCGGAAGAGAUCAGCAAGGCGACUGCAGACAACUCGACGACCAGUCUGACGCUGAAUGCGAGCGGCGAGUGCGGCAGCAGUCUGAACGAGAUCUACGCAUGUAUCGAUGCGCAGGUAUGGCUGCCCGAGAUGGGCCAGGCGCAUUUCCUGGACGGCAGUUCGCAAGUGAUCGCCUUCGAGAUCGACCGGCGAGCCUCCUCCUCGUCGUCUUCUUCCUUCGCAGGAGGAGCAGGAACCGGGGUGUUUGGGGACGAGCUCAGGAAGCCUUUCGCCCUCCAUCCCUGCUUUUGGGUCGACCGUUAUCUCCUCCAGAACCGCCAUGCUAUCGCCAGGCUUCGCGACGAAAUCUCGCGCAUCGAGGGCGAGGCUGAUGUCUCCCUUGCGAGACGCAAUCAACUGACUAUGGCCGGGGAUAAAGAUCUUUUGUCGACGCUCAAAGCUACCGUCGAUUACCUCUCGGUCGAGAGCCAGUUCCUGACGCCCAGCUUGGGCGAAAGGGAGACGAAGAAGAAAGCGAUGCUAGCGAAGUUCCAGGCCUCGUUAGCCCGCUUAGAGGCCGAACUAACGAGUCUGGACGACCGGGCAAAGACGGCGCUGGCGGAGGCAAAGGCGGUCUUCGAUGUCGACGAGAUGCGAGUCGUCGGGCCGCACGAACUGGCCGCCGUCGUCGUCUCCGACGGCUUCUCGGGCCGCGAGCAUAUGUGGACUUAUGUCAAGGCCGAAGAUGGUCGGUGGUUCAAGUCGCUCGAUCAAUCUGUCACCGAGGUCUCCCUCGAAACCGUCCUCUCAGAUCCCGCCGGCCUGCACAUGAACAGCGGCCAUAUCUUCGCCAUAUACGUCCUUAAACCUGCAUCCGAAGAACCGGGCCCACCGGACUCAUCAACCAUCAAACUGCCCUCGCAUCUUGAGGAAGCCAUCACGAAAGAUAACGAGUUGUUCGGGGCCGAGGUUCUUGAGGCGAGCACGAUUUUCCAACAGGAAGUGGUCUACGGGCCGUCGACACUGGUGGAGGAUGUAGAGAUGAGAGGAGCGGGAGACUCUCCACGGUCGGAUGUCGCCGACGCGGGCGGGCUGGACCUCGACAUGGCCCUCCCGGACGAUCCUCCGAGCACAUCGUCCAUCGGCCCCCCGCUGCGACUCUCCGGCGGCGCCCGGUCUCCCUGCAUCGACAAUCUCUCCGACGAUGAUGACGACGAGGAGAGCGAGCUCGACCCCGAUGAUGAUGAUGAUCUCGAUGAUGGGGACCGCGUCGAGCUCGGCUUCCUCCAGAAAGUCUCUAGGCCGUUGGAUGUCCGGGCGAUCACUGGAAAAGUCGGCGGCCGACCCAUCUGGCUCGAUCCUGAGAACCCGUUGGAUCCUUCUUUGACGGCCUGUCCUUCGUGCGACUCGCCGAUGAAGUUCCUGAUGCAGUUGAACGCCCCGGACGAUGCGGUCCCGGAGGCCUAUUUCCGCACGCUCUACGUCUUCAUCUGUCCCCGCUUCGCCUGUCUUAAACGGUCCCUUGACUCGCCCUCAGGGUCGAGGUCGGGGUCGACGUCGGUCGUCAAAGUCUUCAGGACACAGCGCCCGCAGUCCGCCCCAAUCCCUGCCUCUUCUCGUACGCACAAAGCCAACAAUAAGCCGAAAGGGGUCGAUCGGGCGUUGUUUCGUGAAUGGGAAAUCGUGUGCGAUGAGGAGCCGGCUGAUACUAUUGCUGGCCAACUCGAAUCUCUUGGCUUCAACAACCAGCAGAAAUUCGAGAUCGACUCGAAGAAGAAGCCGCAGCAGAAGAAAGCAGGAGUGCUCGACCCGGAUGAGGCGGUGAAGGAGACGAAAGCGCUCGUGGACGACGCGUUCUUGCACUUCCAGUCGCGCAUCUCUCGGGCGCCGACGCAGAUCCUCAGAUAUCUGCGCGUCAAAUCGCCCGAGAUCGAGCCCCUGUGGGCUGCCGACACGUCCCCCCAAUCCCUCCAACACACUCUGGCUGAACACCGUUUCUGCCAGACGUGCGGCGCUCAACGGACCCCGGAGUUCCAGAUCAUCCCCACCUUGCUCUCCAGUCUCUCGCCCCCUUCGUCCGCCCCCGUCCUUGUAGAAGAAAACGUCCCACCAACAAUCGGCGAUGGGCGGCGGAAGGGAUCGCAAGAAGAGGAUGAGGACGGGAUGGACUUCGGGACGAUUGUCGUCUUCACGUGUCCCCGCUCUUGUUGCCCGACCCCCGUCCCCUCCGCCGCCGCCUCUCUCGUCCCCCCGCGUGAUCCUGUCCUUCCUUCUCCCCCCCAUCCUGUCUCCUCCGAUACGCGUCCCGGGCCCGGGCCUUGGACCCAAGAAUGCGCACUCGUCCAGCUCUUCUCCGACCAUUCCGUCUUCCCUUGUCGGCAGAACUGA